CUGUCCCUCCCAAACUGAAGAAACUGAAAAGCCCAAACGUUCAUGUCGGUGAAAAGAUUUCACUGAAAUGUGAAGUGACUGCUGGCAACCCUCAGCCAUCCUACAAAUGGUUUAAAGAUGGCAAAGAGCUGAAGAAGAGCAAAGACAUCCGGAUCAAGUAUGGGAAUGGGAAAAAGAUUUCCAGACUGCAGUUCAACAAGGUGAAGCUGGAAGAUGCUGGGGAGUACAGCUGUGAAGCGGAGAACGUUUUAGGGAAAGGCACCGCAAAAGGCAGCCUGAAUGUGAAAAGUGUAACCACAACUCUCUCCUCCUGGUCUGGGCAUGCAAGAAAAUGCAACGAAACAGCCAAGUCCUAUUGUGUCAAUGGUGGGGUAUGCUACUACAUCGAGGGGAUUAAUCAGCUGUCUUGCAAGUGUCCGAUCGAAUUCACAGGAGACCGAUGUCAGCAUUUCGCAAUGGUCAGCUUCUCCAAGCAUCUUGGAUUUGAAUUAAAGGAAGCAGAAGAGCUCUACCAGAAGAGAGUUUUAACCAUCACAGGGAUCUGUGUUGCCUUGCUUGUGGUGGGCAUCGUCUGUGUGGUAGCUUACUGUAAAACCAAGAAACAAAGAAAACAAAUGCAUAAUCAUUUACGGCAGAACAUGUGCCCUGCCCAUCAGAACAGGAGCCUUGCGAACGGGCCAAGCCAUCCACGUUUGGAUCCUGAGGAAAUCCAAAUGGCCGAUUAUAUUUCUAAGAAUGUUUCUGCCACCGAGCAUGUGAUCCGAAGGGAAACAGAGACAACCUUUUCGGGAAGUCACUCCUGCUCCCCAUCUCAUCACUGCUCCACAGCCACUCCAACGUCCAGCCAGAGACAUGAAAGCCACACCUGGAGCUUGGAGCGGACAGAGAGCCUGACUUCAGAUUCCCAGUCUGGGAUAAUGUUGUCCUCAGUGGGAACCAGUAAAUGCAACAGCCCUGCGUGCGUGGAGGCACGGGCUCGCCGUGGGGCCCCCUUCUGCAUCGAGGACUCACGGAGGCCCAUGACGCAGUAUCGUGACUCGGUGGAUUCUCUGCGGGACUCACCGCACAGCGAGAGGUACGUGUCGGCCCUUACCACACCAGCACGCCUGUCACCUGUUGACUUCCACUACUCAAUGGCCGCGCAGGUGCCCACCUUCGAGAUCACCUCCCCCAACUCGGCGCAUGCCGUCUCCCUGCCGCCGGCGGCCCCCAUCAGCUUCCGCGUGGAGGAACAGCAGCCCCUCCUGCGGCGGUACCAGCUCCCCUUCCAGGAUGCGCAGAGGUACGACAGCUACUACCAAAGGAAGACCGAGUCCAGAGCGCAAGAGCAGCCAAAGAAAACAGCCAGCAGCAACAGGCGGUGGAAAAAAUCCAAACUGAACGGGCACGUCCCUCACAGAGCCAGAGCCGUCCGGGACUCCUUCUCCUUGAGCAGCGCCUCUUACAGCGAGUCUGACGAGGAGCUGGUGGCCGAGAGCACCCCCUUCCUAAGCACUCAGAACAAUGAGGCGCCCCCCGUGCUGGGUGCGACCGGACUCACUACGCCUGCAGCAGACACAGCGCUCACGGGGAGAGCGGGCGCAGCAGCCUGGCGCACACGACGCCCAAACCGGACCCGGAUCCUCUCUAGGCACCUCCCAGAUGCGCGCCCGCAGACGUAA